GGCCUACCUGUUGAACGCUGAAGACGAGCUCAGAACAGCAAGAAGGAAAAAAGAAAUUACAAUUUAAACAAUUUACAACCUGUAACUGUCACAGAUGACCAUUUAUGUAUUUGGUACUUAUGAGUGAAACAAGAAUGAUAGCAACUGGCUUUGUCAGUAGCCGGCGAACCUUGUAGUUAAGCCAAUUAGUUGUUGCCAUCUCAUUUCAACACCUGUUGGUUAGCAAAGCUACCUAGCUGGUUAGCUAAUCCAGCCUUAGACCUUUAAAAUGUCUAUGAAGACACUUCCUCUGCUUUUCAUCAAUCUCGGUGGAGAAAUGCUCUAUAUUCUUGACCAACGCCUACGCGCACAAAACACAAGUGAUGAUAACACACACAAAGGCGUGUGGUCAGAGGACGACCGAAAAAGAGUUAUUAAUGACAUCAUUAGCACCAUGUUUAAUAAAGGAUUUAUGGAGGAACUUCUCAUGCCUCAGGAGGUCUACUCUCACAGGGCUUUGAGAACUGUGCUAACACGGCUAGCCCACGCUUCCAUUAUGAGGCUCAACCCAGCCAGCAUGGACAGGCUUUACGAGUUGAUGGUGAUGGCUUUCAAGUACCAGAUACUGCUCUGCCCUCGACCCAGAGACCUGCUGCUUAUUUCAUACAACCACAUGGACGCUUUGAGAGAGUUUGUGAAAGACACCCCUAUCAUUGCAAACCAAGUGGACGAGACACAUCGAAAGAUCAUCGAGGUGUACACCCCGCUGUCUGAGAGUGAAUUUCAACUCCUCAGGCAAACACUGCUCAUAUUCUUUCAAGACAUGCAUGUCCGUGUGUCACUUUUCCUCAAUAAUAAAGUGCAGAAUCCCAACGGACACUUUGCCCUCCCGCCCAGCGGCCCGGUGCCCCAGGGGUCAGAGGUCCCAGGGGUCAUCAGGGUGUUUAACAGCAGAGGGAAAGAGAUGAGACGAUGGAAAUUCCCUACGGGUGGCAGUUACACAAAUCCCCCACAAGAGGGCUCUUUUGAGCUUUUUGGAAAUAGAGUCAUCAGACUUGGAACCAAUAUGUACAGCGUGACCCAGCCAGAUGCGACUCCCACAUCCAAGAGCUCCUCUCUGAAGGACAGCUCGGCCCCAAACCCCCUGGCCCAGGAGGAGCUGAACUUGCUGGCCCAUCUGAUGGGAGGGAUGGAGGUGGAGAGUCUGGUUCCCUCUGAGAUCUCCUUUCGGGUCAACCUGUUCUCCUCCGACCAGGAAGAGGAGCAGGCCUCAGCUUCGGGAGAGGGCGUGGACUCGUUAUUUGAAGUGAUUCGUAUUCAAGCAACCCAGGUAGGAUUCCCUGUGCUUCUUUGGGACUGUGGAUGUGGUGGAUGUGCGUGGGCCCAGCGGGGUACAGCUGUGUUGGUAGUCCUUGUCCUCCUGGAUGUGUUUCAGGACGUACAGACCAACACAGAGCUGGCUCGGAUAGCAGAAGAGUUUGCAGAAGAGGGCAGCCAAUCAGAGGGCCCCAGCAGUAAAGGAGAUGACCUGCUCGCCAUGAUGGAUGAACUGUGACUCCUGUGGAGCUGUUUCAUCAGUGUUGUAACUUGGACAGGGUCAUGGCCACUCACAUCUGCCCAGAGAGGGAUGGAGGUAUGAGAGUACUGUGGUCAGUCUGAUCAAGGAUGGUCUUAUCAGGCUCCUGAUUGGGUAAUUCUGGCACUGCCAUGUCAAGAUGCAACUUCUUGGCAAUUAAAUCACCUGAUGAUCAACCUGCAUGUCAUCCAUCCUGGUGCUGUCUCUAGUGUGUAAAUAGGAGUUCGAUUUCAUUAGAAUUUACAGGCAUUUUAUUGUUUUCCAUAGAAGAUUAUGAGCAUUAUAUUUUAAUGGUUAUUGCACUUUCCAUCAUAACCGUACACAUAUUUAUAACAAUCAAUAAAUAUUUGUAAAUGUAAAGUUUGUGGCAUAACGUUUGAUCA